AUGAUCGAUAUUUUAAUAUCAAAUAUAAAUGGUCGUAAAAUUGCGGAAAAUUUACAUGCAUUCACUACUUUACCUCAUUCAGCUGGAACAAAAGAAAAUGCUAAAGUAGCUGAAAAGAUAUCAAGACUUUGGAAAGCUAGUGGUUUAGAAGAUGUUCAUUAUGUGAAAUAUGAUGUACUUCUAUCUUAUCCUGAUUAUGAUAAUCCUAAUCAUUUGCUUAUAUUAGAUAAGAAUGGAAAAAUUCUUUAUAAAACCAAAGGUGUCAGUCCACCAUUGAUACCAAAAGAACAAAGCGCUGAAGAAGCUGGAAUACAAUGGUUAGCUUAUUCUGCAAAUGGAACAAUUCAAGGCAAAGUUAUUUAUUGCCAUUUUGGACGAAAAGAAGAUUUCGAACGUUUAAAAGUUUAUAAUAUUGAUCCUAAGGGUAAAAUAGUUAUGAUGCGAUAUGGUAAAAUUUUUCGAGGCGAUAAAGUAUGGAAUGCUCAAAAAGCAGGUGCUAUUGGUGCUAUUUUAUUUUCUGAUCCUUUUGAAGUAGCACGAAAUGGUAUAGAGAAAGAAAAUGUAUAUCCGAAUACUGAAUGGUUACCAAAUGAGGGCGUACAACGCGGUACUAUUAUACAUGGUCGUGGUGAUCCUCUUACCCCAUUAUAUCCAUCGAAAAAGAAUUUGUAUCGCUCAAAAACUAUCAAAGAAGCUAUGGACGAUUAUGUGCUACCAACAAUUCCAGUACUACCAUUAAGUUAUUCGGAUGCUUACCAUGUACUAUCUAAUAUACAAGGUUUCUUAGCGCCAUUCGAUUGGCAAGGUGGCAUUAAUUUAACUUAUUAUCUUGGACCUGAUAUGAAAGAAAAUAAUGAAAUUCAAAUUACCGUUCAUUCAUCAUUAAAAACCAGAACAAUCCGAAAUGUAUUAGGAUAUAUUCGCGGUACAAUGGAUCCUGAUAAAUAUGUUAUCCUAGGUAAUCAUUAUGAUGCUUGGGUUUAUGGUGCAUUAGAUCCAAAUAGUGGUACGGCAAUAUUAGCUGAAGUUGCUCGAGGUAUUAUACAAGCUAUGAAAAUGACAACUUGGAGACCUGCAAGAACAAUUGUUUUUUGUAAUUGGGAUGCUGAAGAAUAUGGUUUAAUUGGAUCGACAGAAUUUGUUGAAGAUUAUGCUAAUUUGUUAAGCCAACGAGCCGUAGUAUAUUUCAAUGUGGACAAUAUACACUCCAAUUAUUCCUUACAUGUAAGUACAGUACCAACAUUAUAUCAAUUCAUGUCAAAAAUGUCAAAAUUAAUUCCAAAUCCAAUGGAAUCGGAGAGAAAAAGUGGACGAGAAACUCUUUACGAUACUUGGUUCAAGACUUUUCCAAAUGAUAUCAGUUUCUUACCGGAUAUACCAUCAAUGCCAGUUCCAGGAGAUGUAAGUGAUCAUGCAGCAUUCUUGAAUUAUCUCGGUAUACCAGUUGCUGAUAUCACUUACAGGAAUAAGACAUCGAACGAUAAUUAUCCAUUAUAUCAUUCGUUGUAUGAAACGCCAUUCACUAAUGAGCACAUCAUUGAUACAAAUAAUCUGGCGGUUCAUGAAGCUGUGGGUAAAUAUUGGGCAGCAGUUGUUUGCGAAUUUGCCGAUUUACCUGUACUUCCAAUAAAUAUUACGGAUCUUGCGCUUAGCAUUGUUCACGUUUACAUCCCACCAAUUAAACAAUCAUUAAAAAAAUUGAAAUAUUACGAAGAAAUGUUGCACGAUGUUAAACAUCAAUUAAAUUGCCUAUUUAAUGUUUCCAUGGAAUUUCUGGAACACGCGAAAAAACUCGACAAUAUUAUUCGUCAUGCUUUAACCAACUAUAUUACUAAUUUAUAUGAUUUGAAGAAUUUUUCAUGGAUUAAUGAUCGUUUAAUGGGAGUUGAACGAUGUUUUAUCAAUCCGCGUGGUAUACCGGAGCAACCAUCACAACGGCAUUUACUGUUUAGUUUUAGCAAUAAAAACAAAUAUCAUUCUGUUACCAUGGGCACUAUUCAUGAUGCGAUAGAUACAUUCAAGGCAGCAGAAAGUGACGCUGAACGGAUUGUGGCCGGACGUCAAAUUGCAUUUCAGAUAUCCGUAAUUCAACAUUCCAUCGAAUGUGCCAUUAGCACGCUAAAUGAUAGAAUUUGA